AUGGUUGGAGGCGAGGGAGCGGGACGGCGUCCGCUCCGGGCUCGACUGGCGAUGGUGCUGGCUGGAUCGUCGGCGGUCGGUCGGCUCCGCCUCUUCUGGAAGAGCAAAGUUAUUCUUGCCUUUAUAAAGUGGAGGCGUCUGGCGAGGGACUGUGCUAAACCGCGAAGGCGCAGGCUUUAUCAAUCCGCCCGCGCGGUUGCCUCGCGCCAGACGCCUAUGUUUUGGCUGCUCUAA